ACCCUUACGACGAGUAAACCUGCACCCCGCCCGCUGAAGGUGGUGGUAAUGUCAGCAACACUAGACGGUGAUCAAUUUUCGAACUACUUCAACCGCGCACCCGUCUGCAGUUGUCCUGGACGUAGUUACCCUAUCGAGGUGUAUUACGACCAACCUGUGACGCACAACAAGCGUGUAGAAGCCGCGGUGAACUGCGCGUUAAACUUGCACUUGCGGGAGAAACGAGGUCACAUUCUUGCUUUUCUGACGGGCAUGGAAGAGUGCGAACAAGCGUGCACCCUCGCGCUGUCCAAACUACAACAGCUGCUGGCGCAGAAGGGCAGUGACGCCAACGUCGCAGAUUGUUUAAUUUUGCCACUCUACGGGUCGCUUUCCACGGAGGAUCAACGAAAAGCGUUUGAUACGGUGGAUAGUUCACAGCUGCGCAAGAUCAUUUUCUCGACGAACAUCGCAGAAACGAGUGUUACGGUUGAUGGCAUUGGUUUUGUGAUCGAUUCUGGGGUAGUGAAGCAGAAAGAGUUCAACCCGAAAACAGGAAUGGAACAACUGGUAGUUGUGAACGUGAGCCGCGUGCAGGCGACACAACGCGCGGGUCGCGCAGGACGAACGCAGAAAGGCAAGUGCUAUCGCCUCUACACUGAGGAGAUGUUUCGAUCCCGGUUCAAGGACGCAACAACUCCCGAAAUUCUGAGGUCUAAUCUGGCUUCAGUCUGCUUGCAGAUGAAGGCUAUGGGAGUUGGCAACAUUCUGACAUUUGAUUUCAUGGAGCGCCCAUCGCGUUACAACAUUUUACAAGCGCUGAGGCAGCUCUAUUUGCUCGGCGCGAUAGAUGCGGACGGAAAGAUCACAGAAGACGGGCUCUCCAUGUCCGAGUACCCCCUCGAGCCAACGUUUGCGCGGUGCCUGAUUGCAGCGGAGCGACUCCAUUGCGGCCCGGACAUGGUCACGUUGGUGAGCAUUCUCUCGGCCGAGUCGAUCUGGUAUCGGCCGCCGCGCGCGAACGAAGAAGCGUUCAAAAAGGCGGCCAUGUGCCACGCCAACCUCUGCGACACCACGGUAGGUGACCACUACUCUCUCGUGCGCAUCUUCCAGAAGUGGGGCGCCGCAGGGCACAACACACGAGAUUGGUGCCAAGACAACUGCCUCCACUUUCGUUCCCUUCGUCAAGCCUCCGACAUCCGCUCGCAGUUGGACAUCCAGAUGCAGCAGAGAGGAAAGGCUUCCGCAACCGGCAACAUCAUGUCAUCCUCUGGACCCGCAGCAGCGUCCUCUCCGACAUUCGGGCCGCAAGGAGGGUCGUCGAAAAACGCCUCAUCGUCAAGCCGAGGCAACGGAGCAAACGGUGGUGGAGCGGACGACGGCGACCCCAAUUCGCUUCCGAUGUCGGUCCGCCUACGCCGCGCUCUCUGCGAGGGCUUCUACAUGCAGACUUGCCGCUUGAUGGGAAGUCAGCAGGGCUGGCUCACAGUAACGGAAUCUUUGCCGGUGCGGCCCGAACCUGGCGCAGCCAUUGAUGAGGCCAAUUUGCCAGAGUGGCUGCUGUACACGGAACUCGCGGGCCAGGCAGGCGCUGGCGCAGGCACCAUGCGCAAUGUCUCACCGAUUCAACAAGAAUGGAUCUCUCAUCUCUUGCCAAGAUUGGAGAUGGUGGAUCUCUCCCGAUUGGUGGGCGAGGUAGCACCAGCAAAAGAGGGGGAAAAGAGUCAAAAAGAAACGAAGGUGCAGGCUGCUGCGCGCGAACAGGCAGCGAGAAAGGAUAAGGCGCUGAGCGCAAAAGAACGCUAUUUAGCUCGAAAAGCGGAGGAGGAGGCAAAAAAGAAG